GGCAGCAUAGGCACAUGGCUCUGGAUAAUGGACGACCGAGAGUUGCGGAGUGUCCAGCUAAAGAGAAGUGAAUCGUUCGGAUUUGGAAUCUCAGUUUUUGGUGGAUCUGGACUGGGACUUCCCCCCGUCAUCUACGAUGUGGCCGACAACUCACCGGCGGCCUUCAGCGGUCAGCUCGAAGCUGGCGACGUCAUUGUCGAGGUCAACGACACCCCCGUGGUCAGCUUCACCACCAAAGAAGUACUCAAAUGCCUGAGGCUGGCCAACGAUGUGGUGACACUAAAAAUAAAGAAAGACCCUGCGAUCCAGGAGCGCGUGCGACGCCAGAUGAUGGCGGCUGCGUCGGGUGAGCGGCUCAAGUCGCCGGCGUCAGGUGAUCCGGGCGCGGCUACGCCACGACAGAACGGCACCAGCGCGGCCGGGCAGCACGUGACGUCUGACGAACCCGGCGGUGAAGAGAGCGUGGCCACCUCCUCCUCCACGUCGUCAUCAUCGGCGGUGGCGCGCAAGUGCGAGCUGUUCACUAUGACAGGCGACCUGAUCAUCACCAAGGCAAGCAGUACCAAAACGCCUGCGACGCGCACCCAGUCUACGCCGGCGAGCCCUGGUGGCGACCCGCAGCGAGGUACCAAACGCGAGGCGUCUUCGCUGCAGAGUCCCGUGGCCGAGAAGAAGGGCUCGUUCGGCGUGCGCACCUCGCGCAGCGACGACCACUUGGGCAAGGCGCGCGGCACCGUGGCCGCUGUCAGCAUCGACAUCGACGACGACGAAAUGGCCUCGUCGCUCAACACGCUGCUCGACACCAAGGACGACUCGCGCGUGCUCUGGACGUACAACGCCGGCUCGUCUGAGGACAACACGGCCACCACUGCGUCUUCCUCCUCGGGCCGGCGUGAGGACAACCUCAGCGAGCUCGAGUGCUGCACGUCCGAGAUGGCGUCCGCGUUCGGCUCCGAGGAAGCGGACCGCGUUCACGCCAGCGAGCUGGACCUCAGCUCGCCCAGCCAGCUGUCGCCAGAGAACGAGGACGGCUUCUCGCGGGAGGAAGACUGGGUCGCCGAGCCGGACCUGAGCGAGUCGCAGUUCCGCCACCCGGCCCUGUUCGACUCGUCGCUGCGCGCGGCCGCCCGAGGAGGGACGCGCAGGAUGCAACACUCUCGCUCCAACGGCUCCACUGCGUCGCGCACCGACGCCUCCGAGACGCUCGAGCUGGACUCGCCGCCCUCUGCCCACUCGGGUGGCACGCUCGAGGAGGAGGACGACGCUGCGGCGGCCACGGACGAGGAGUCCGACGCCGACUCUCUGCGCAGCUUCCACUACAGCCCCAAGGCGGUGGACAUGCCGUCCGCGUCGCGUCUCGCCAAGAGGCUCUUCAACCUCGAGGGAUUCAAGAAGUCCGACGUGUCCAGGCACCUGAGCAAAAACAACGAGUUUGCGCGGGUGGUGGCGGAGGAGUACCUGCGCUUCUUCGACUUCACCGGGCGGCCCCUGGACGCGGCGCUUCGGAUGUUCCUGCACCGGUUCUGCCUCAUCGGCGAAACUCAGGAGCGCGAGCGCGUCCUGGUCCACUUCUCCAAGCGCUACCUUGACUGCAACCCUGGCACCUUCAAGUCUCAAGAUGCUGUGCACACACUCACAUGCGCACUAAUGCUCUUGAACACUGACCUUCAUAGCGAGAAUGUUGGCCACAAGAUGACCUGCCUUGAGUUUAUUGAGAAUCUGGCCGAACUGAAUGAGGGCGAGAACUUUCCCAAAGAAGUGCUCAAGGCUCUCUACCUGUCCAUCAAGACAGCACCGCUUGAGUGGGCUGUGUGUCCCAAAAUAUUCACUGACGACUCUGAACAGGAAGUACCAGCACAAGAUAAUCACACAGGUUCAACAGAAGCCAGGCCAACAGGAUUUAUUGGACACAAUCCUUUCCUUGAAGUUCCCAAUCCAAAUUGUGCCACUGAAUACAAGAAGGGAUAUGUAAUGCGCAAGUGCUGUUUAGAUCCUGGUGGGAAAAGAACUCCUCUUGGGAAACGUGGAUGGAAAAUGUUCUGUGCAACUUUACGUGAUCUUGUGCUCUAUUUACAUAAGGAUGAGCAAGGGUUUAGGAAAAACCAGUUGUAUGAAAGUUUGCACAAUUCUAUCAGAAUUCAUCAUUCUUUGUCGACAAAGGCAACAGACUACACAAAGAAGCAGCACGUCUUCAGGUUACAAACGGCUGAUCAAGCAGAGUACCUGUUUCAAACUGGAGAUGCCAAAGAGUUACAAAGCUGGAUUGACACUCUCAAUUUCGUGACAGCCAGUUUGUCAGCACCUGCUCUUGCCGGUGCAGUGGGCAGCCAGAAGAGGUUCCAGAGGCCUCUGCUUCCUGUUAGCCACACCAAGUUCAACCUGAGAGAGCAAUUGACUGACCAUGAGAAUCGCAUUGUGUGGCUCGAGAAGGAGCUUGAGGAACAUGUAGCUAAUGCUCCAGAAAAAGGUGCCAAGUCUAGAACUGUUGCCGAGUUUGUUGAGAAGGAGUCUUUUCUGCAGAAUGAGCUCAAGCGAUACCGCACCUACGCCUACCUGCUACGCUCUAAGAUGGCGCAGUAUCCUGAGCUUGUGCCAGCACUCGUCGAGACAAGCAUUGGUGAAGUGGAUGAGCCAGAGCAGAACCAUGGAGGCAGCCAUGGCUGUGCCAACAACCCACCACUACCAUCACCAUCUCGGACUAAGCAGCCCUCCCAUAAGGCUCUGCCUAGCUCCCCUGCACUUGGCUUACCCUCAUCUGCAUUUUCAGCACCAGCAGUAGCUAGUUCAUGUUCUCCUCGUAGCUCCCCAACGGCUGUGCGAAACAAGCGAAUAGCACAGGAUCGGUUCAGCUACCGAACAGCAGUACAGAAGGGCGGUGACCUAGGCACAUAAGAUGUUGUGAGUCACCUAACGUCUACCACGUGACUAGAGCAUACAGAAAAGGCGAUAUUCAAUCCAAUAAAUAGGACCUGGUGAGCAUAACCAGCCUGUAGUAGGCUUUACAGUUAGCAUCAUAGCAGAGGCCACAACCAUCGGCAAAAUCUCAAGCUAACACCACUGCUUGCCAGAUUUUCAGUGAGCUUAGAAAGCUGGUUUUCAAAGAAGCUGCUACAGGUUGGAAGUGUUUUACCUCAAGACUUACAAAAAAAAUCGUGGUACAUUUUGUUAUACACUCUGUACAUUACUAAUUUUGUGUGCUGCACAUCUGAGGCAUGCUGAAAAGCUGAAUGAUCCGGUUUACCUCCAGCUUUUUUGUAGCUUCUCCUCGUUUUAUAUAUAUAGGAUCUUUCUGUUCUUUUGAAAGAUUUGAUUUUAUGGCGCAUAUGCACUCAUUAUGUGUAUGAAUGAAUGUUGUUUGGCAGAUUCUUUUAUUUAGCACUAUUGUUUUUGAAAAGAGUUUUUUGGGGUGGGGGGGGGGGGGGGCACUCACUGGUGUUAAUAACUGUACAUAGUAUUUUAUACAUAGAACAUGUUUAUAGUGAGUGCUAUAUUUAAGGUGAAGUCAUGCCAAACUAUGAGUGCAACUCUCUUUAGUAAAGUGAUUUUCUCCUUCUUGUAUACUCUAUACCUGUAGCGUGAGACUUACAGGUAUAAUUAAAGAAUUAUCUUGAAAUGCAGAAUCGAAAGGCGGGCAUAUGUCAAAUGUUCAUAUACUUGUUCAAAACCAAUCGUUAGUAUGGCAGUGCACAUGUUUAUUUUUUUCUCUCUCUUUUUCUGUCUUUCUUGCUUUCUUUCUUUGCCUUUGUUUACACUUAGUGUGCAAUGCAACCUCAUUCCAGGAGACAGUUAAGAGACCUUUUAGAAAGGUUAACAGGGAACUUGAUGAUUGGGACCAACUUUAGGCUCAUAAACGAGUGACCAGAGUCACAUAGCACCGAUGUGCGGCAAGUGUCUCUAGACUCUCUACACAAUGGCUUGUGUUUUUAAAAUUUCGCUCUUUUUACUAGGAAGCUUUUAAAUAUGUGUCACCUAAUCUAUAGACGUCAUGACAUUUAGAAGCAUGGUGAGGGACCCUUAAUUUAUGCAUUUUGUGAGCACACACUAUGGGUAUUGCAGCUUUCAUAGAAAUAUAAAUUUGCAAGCUGCUUUUCACUUCCUUUUCUGUUAAAUUCUCUUUUUAGGUCUUAAAAUGUGAAAUUGAUGGCAACGUUUACCUACCUUGUAUACUUAACUUUCUUGCCACCUAAAGGUAAUGAUCGAGAUAGAAAACAAGAUUACCACUGGUAUUUUUUUUUUUCAUAUCUUGUUGCCAUUGCCAAGCAAUGAUUUAAAUCAAGUGCUGCAAGCCUAGACUCUUUAAGGGAAUGUGCCUUGAGCAUUGUAUACCUCGAAAGAUGGGAGAAUGUUCUGUCGGAUUUUAGCACCAACAUUGUGAAAUGAUGCAUCAUUUUACACUCUUCAUGCUCAAAUUGCUUAGUAGGACAUUCUAUGACCCUGUAUUUAAUCUUAAGCUUCUGAAAUCGUUAAUUUUAUAUGAUCAAGUUUUGCACUUUCUUCAUACUAUUUCUUUUUCUCUACCACGAUUUUUCGUAUUUGAUAUUCAUGCCUAAUGCCUAAAGUUACACAAGUCUGAAGCAGCUGUGAAUUUGGGUGUGCCAAGUUUCAACCAUAAAAAGUGCACAUCUUGGUAACCUCAUGCCUGCGCCGCCAUUACUUAAAGGAGCCCUACAACACUUUUUGAACACGGUCAGAAAAUGCCACCAAUCUGUUUGGUAUAGAUGCCUCUGUAAACUUGUGAGCCAAAUAUUAUAGAAUUGCAUGCAGCAGAGAGUUACAGUCGCGUUUCAAAGACUGCUAAAAAUUGGUCACUCUUCUCCCAUCGAAGUAAGUCAUGCAGGGCCUCUUGAUAAGUUAACGGAGGGAGCGAUAUGGCCAUUGGCUGAUUUAAACAUUCUUGUGCUGCCUAGUUACCACUGCUGCCACAGGGUGUUGCCGCGUGCUGGCGUGGAGCUCUCUAAACUGCUAAAAUAAAUCAUAGUGGCCUUAGCGGGUGAUCAUCUGAAAGUGAGCCAACUCGUUCCAAGAAAAAAAUAUAUAUCAGAUUUGCUCAAGGUUAUAACAUGCGCUGACCAAAUUUCUUUCCCCUUUGUGAUCUCCUCACUUGUGCAGCUUGGAAAGGUGUUGCCAGGCCCCUUUAAUUAAGGAAGAACAAACACGUUCAAUGGUAUUGCCAUGAUUUCUUUGUUUGUUUGUUUUUUUACUGGCUAGAGCUUUGUGUGAAAAAUCUUGUUUGUGCUUAGAUAAAUAUAUUCAAUUACUAAAACUGCGGUGCGGAAAAGCUGCUAUAUGACAGACAAGGUCAACAAAAACAAGUGCAUUCCUUAUAACUCAGAACGACUUUUGCAGUUGCUACUUGCCAGUUCCUUCGUAAACGGCUGAAAUCAUUCCAGCCGGUUUAUCUGUUCAGUAUUAAGAACUCGUGUAUCAAGUAAUAUUUUCUCGAUGGUUGGUGUUAUAUUUUCAAUUAAUGUUGAAGGUUAGUUUUAUUCAGUUUUCAACAAAAAGCUUAUUUAAGGUGUUGCAUUCAUGCAUUGAGGCAAAUAGGAAUAUUGCACUUCAUAAUAAGGCUGACCUUUUCUCUGAUAACUUUUUAGCUUUAUUUACUUAUGAUUCAACUGUAGUCUUCUUUAAGUUGGUGGUUUUCACAGAAGCAAAGUAUUUGCAUCAAAUCAUGUAUGGCGGCAGUUUUAAAUGACAUAUUUUUUUGCCAGCUCUGAUGUGAGUUUAGAAGUUCUAAAUAGGUGCUGCAGGGUAUUAUGAAUCUUUGUUGUUAAUAUUUUAAGACUUUUUUAUUUCUAAGAGCCUAAUGUAUUGUUUCAGUACUGUGUGAACUCUUUAUAAGCAACAGACGAAGGGCUUAAUUUUACAUUUGAGACUUCCAUCAAGCUUCAGUUUUUAGGCAUCUACAAAUCUUUAUGAUAACAAUGUUUAGUAAAUGUACUGUUCCCAUGCACAUAGGAAAUUUGUUCCUCUAAUUCUUCCCAUUCCAGAAUGCUAAAAAGUUAUCACGUCUGUAAGUUUCGUAUACGCGCUAAAGAAACAUCUUUUUCACACAUUGUUAGCCAGUUUUGACGCACAAGUUUCAUGCUUUACUGCAGCUGGAUUUCGAUGCCAUAUAAAUUUUGUAGCCUUGGUAAGCAUGUCAUGAAACACCACAUACAUAGAUAUGGCUCUGGAAAGAUGCAGGCCAAGUGUUCUGUAGAGUACUCUGUAAGAAUCAUGUAUCAGAUUCUGUUAAGCUAUAGCAAGAUAUAGAUUGGCUAAACUGGCUGAAGCAUUAAUGAUUAGUUACAUGAGCAUGCAGUCUGUGAAAAAUAGGACCAGGUCACACCUUCUGCAUCACUGUAAACCUUGUCUGUGUGAAACCAUAUCUUUAGCUAGUAUCAUGAAAUGAAGUGAUGGUACUAUUGCCCAACAGGUGGCUGAGGUGUAUUUUAUUGAAAAAAGAAAGGGAAAACGUGUGUAUUAGUGAACUUUCUGUUAUGUUGAAAAAAAAAGUUCUGCCUUUUUGUGACAUUUUUGCACAUGUGCGGCACAGGCCUAAUACAUUGAGUAAUUUUUCUGGAAAUAAAUCAGUUGGAAGUGUGUGCCUGUCCAUGUUGACCCCAUCUGUCAUUUUUUUCUGUGCUGCAGUGCCAGUAGUUGUUCACCCAAUAACCCAGAAAUGUGUUUUAUUGAAUAUAAUUACGUAUUUGACUGCAUUUGAACUUAUAAGUGGUACCUGUAAAUCUUUCAACCGAAUUCACAGCUGCACUUUUUAGUAGGAGCAGAGCAGUUCUCUAUCUCAUUUGUUAUUUAACAGAUUGCUUACAGUGUAAGGAAUGAGACAAGACUUUUAAUUAUUUGUGACUGUGUAUCAGCAAGUUGCUGCUUGUGCUUUUCUGCUUCUGUGUUUCUUGUGUUUUGUGUUUGUACGCCAUUUUGCUGUGCCAUAUGAGCAUAAAUUGUGCUGUGCACAGGCAAUAACUAGCUUGGCACUAGCCAGCAGUGCCAGUAAGGCAGAAAGACUGUGUUCCUGCCAAUAGCCUGUAGUGCCCCUCUCCCUUGCAUAUUUUCAAGGCUUGUCUCACCUACUGUCAACUGGCAAAAGAAAGCCAGAGACUCUUUGCAAUCAGUGUGGACGAGUUUUCCCGACUAGUCAUCAAUCAAUGCCCGUACAUGCAUCGAAUGCUUAGCAUAUGUCACUGUUUUCGUUUAUGGUGGAGAUUCAGCAUAAUUGCGUGUAUUGGGAGAGUAACUAGUUUCACAGGUAGUGGAGGUUGUCAGUGUUGUUCAACGAUGAAAAAUGUGAAAUGAUUGAAGUGCGAACGAAAAUAUGACCAUAAAACAUGCAAGAAGAGAGCUGUGAAUUUCGAGAUAUAUGUUGCUGAUUAGAUGAGUGGCAGAAAAUUAGAAUAUAUAUAGUUUGUAAGAACUGGAACACUCAAAUGGACGACUGCUUUGUUUUUACGAAGAGGUUUAAGUGACUGGUAGUACAUGAUGUCAUCACUCUAUAUGUUAGCAGUUUGUUGUUGACUAAGUAUGCAGCUGUGGGGCAUCAUUGUCAAUGUCAAGGUGAUACUCACUUAACAUUUCUGGCCCAAACCACUUAGUAUGCAGUUUUUUUUAUUUAUUUUUUGUGGUAGGUGGUACAGUAAUGCCAUCCAAAUAAAUUUAGCCUUUCACUACA